AAUAGGUUCCGAAAUUUGCUUCCGAAAUGGCUUCUAUAAAAUAGUAUGUUGAACUAACUGCUAACUAGAAUGUAUCGAUAGAAGCUUCCGAUUUAGGAAUUUAGUACAUUUAACUUCUUUAUUUGGCAUUUUUUCAAAAUUUUCAUAGUAUAUGAAAAUUGCUCCUAUGGAUUGCUCCUAUAUCACAUUAUUUAUUUACAUAUAUUUCAUAUGCUUUCUGGCUUGGGAAGUGCACGGCGAUUGUCAAAUUUUACAAUAUAUGGUAGAGCAAUCCAAUGGAAUUUUCACCUAUCGCGAUGCGAGCGGAUCUAUCCAGCUGCAGCGCUUGGAAACAGUUCCAUCCGGUGUCACUCUACUCGUGUACUGCAGUCCCUCGGUUUUCAAAGAAACUGUUUGCCAGGACAAUGGACAGUUCUCGGUCCCACUGCCCAUGCGCUGUUUAAGUCCAAUGCAACCGGUGACCAAGCAUAUUCGCGAUGGGGAUUGUGCGGGGAACCUGUAUGCCGUGGGAUAUACCAUAGAUGGCAAGGAUCUGGAGCUGUAUCGCACAUGUUUCGAUUGCGGGCAGGGAAGACUCGUGUACUCGCAGAGCGAUGUCUACUACAAAACGUUUUUUCCGAAGCGGCCAUUUGUGGAGUUUGUGGCGGAUGAGAUGUUCAGUCCGCAGGAGGCUGCUGCCUACAUGAAGUCCAACAUCUAUUUUGCGUUCAAAUGCAUUUACGGUGAUGACCAGUCCUACUUGCAAAAUGCCAACUACUUGGUGAUUAAUCGAGGACAUAUGGUGGCUUCCGCGGACUUCCUGUUCACGGACCAGAUGGGCAGUACUUUCCGCUAUCUGAAUGUGGUGCCGCAAUUCAAGUCAAUUAACGAUGGCAAUUGGGAGAAAAUUGAGAGAUGGGUGCGCAGUCAGAUCCCGAAGUCGUCCUAUUUCCGGGUCAAGUCCGGCGGAAUUGGCAUCUUGACAUUGCCAGACACCAGGGGCUUCCUUCAGUCGGCUUUCCUCGCCGGCUCCAAGAUCCCGGUUCCCGAGUGGACCUACAAAGCGGUACGGGAUGCCACCGGCAAUGGGCUGUACGUAUUCCUCACUUACAAUAGUACCUUCCAAAUGGAGAAGCCCCCGUGUCUGGCUAUUUGUUACCCAGUUAAUUGUCCCAUUCACCUCCCGAAUAACCCGAACGAUGGCUACACCUUCUGUUGCGAUCCCAAGCGGUUCCCAUAUUAAAGAAGGAGAAGCAUUUAUGCAUAUUUUAUCUAGGUACUGCUCGAAAAUAAACCCACGUAAUAAUCGUCGGCUAAAUAAUUCAGUAUUUUUGCUCAACAUACGCACAUAUGUAAGCUGAAAAUUGCGAAAGUGCAUCAACAAAUGACAUACACUGCACAAAAAUCAUAUAAAUUUCAAUGAAUAUAUAUUUUACAUCUCUUUAUAAGGAGUGAAAAUUAGAAAGAGUCAAAUCAGACGGUCAAAUAAAAAAUCGUAUUAUUUUAAAAUC